UUUAGAGGUUGGCUUUUUCUUAAAGCUGUCUCUAUCAAAAAGAAGACGAAUAGAGUAAGAAAAUAAAAGAAGCAGUAAAUGAGAAAAAGAAAAAAUACAAAUCUUUCAGAACAGUAACAGUUAACCACUACACUCCAUGAGAUCAUUUACCACGACCAGUUCCUCUGAACCAAACACGGUCUCUUAUGUCACGUAACCAUGUCUCUUUCUAUAUCACCAUAAAGAUAUGUAGUAGCGUUGUUUUCUUCAUAAGCUUAUCUCAAAGAACUCAAAACAGAGAAAGAGAUAAAGAUAGUAACCAAGCAUGAAAAGUUUGUUGAUUUGUCUUGUGUUGUUAGAGCUUGUCUGGUUAGGCAAUGGCCAAUCUAGAGAUCAUCAACCUCUUGCUCCAGCUUUCUUUGUCUUUGGAGAUUCUUUAGUUGAUAGUGGAAACAACAAUUACAUUCCAACUCUUGCACGAGCUAAUUAUUUCCCUUAUGGAAUUGAUUUUGGCUUCCCCACUGGUCGUUUCUGCAAUGGCCGUACCGUUGUUGAUUAUGGAGCAACGUACCUCGGCUUGCCAUUGGUGCCACCAUACUUAUCUCCUUUAUCCAUUGGGCAAAAUGCCUUACGAGGGGUUAACUACGCAUCUGCAGCAGCUGGGAUUUUAGAUGAAACCGGUCGACAUUAUGGAGCAAGAACUACAUUUAAUGGACAGAUAUCGCAGUUUGAGAUUACGAUCGAGUUACGCCUCCGGCGUUUCUUUCAAAACCCUGCAGAUCUGAGAAAGUAUCUUGCAAAAUCGAUAAUUGGGAUCAAUAUAGGAAGCAAUGACUAUAUCAACAACUACCUUAUGCCUGAGAGAUACUCCACCAGCCAAACCUACAGUGGAGAAGAUUAUGCAGAUCUCUUGAUCAAGACUCUCUCAGCUCAAAUAUCCAGACUAUACAACUUAGGUGCAAGAAAAAUGGUGUUAGCUGGGUCAGGACCAUUAGGUUGCAUACCUAGUCAGCUAUCUAUGGUAACUGGCAACAACACCAGCGGGUGUGUGACAAAAAUCAACAAUAUGGUUUCAAUGUUCAAUAGCCGUCUGAAAGAUCUAGCAAAUACUCUCAACACAACUCUGCCAGGAUCUUUCUUUGUCUAUCAAAACGUCUUUGAUCUAUUUCAUGAUAUGGUUGUGAAUCCUUCUAGAUAUGGUAAAAUGACCUCAAUCCCUAUUUAUAAGGGUUUACUCUUAUUUCUAUAUAUCAGUACUGAGUUUUAGUUCUUCUUUUUGCAGGUCUUGUAGUAUCAAACGAAGCGUGCUGCGGUAACGGGAGAUAUGGAGGAGCCUUAACAUGCCUUCCAUUGCAGCAACCUUGCUUGGAUAGGAAUCAAUAUGUCUUUUGGGAUGCAUUUCAUCCAACAGAAACUGCCAACAAAAUAAUAGCUCACAAUACCUUCAGCAAGUCUGCAAACUACUCCUACCCUAUCAGUGUCUAUGAAUUAGCUAAAUUGUAGAGAAAUGUAUCUCAAAGCUAGAUUACCUCCCCAUUUCAAGAGUCUCCUCGGUUUUCUAGUUUCUAGUUAGAAGACAUUAAGUAUGGGAUUUGUAUGUACCAAUUGCCCAAAUGUUUAAGAUCACAUCUAUAUUCCAAUGUUAUAACUUAAAACUUUCUC